CUUCCUUCAAUCUCUGCGUCCUAUACAGGAGCGUCUGCUCUACUAGGCCUGACUGCUGGUCUCUAUUUCAAUCCCAAUCGAUCGCAACAACCUUUGUUACUACACAAAAUCAUGUCUACCACAGACUUCCCUCCUUUGAAAAACGAUCUUCUGUUGAGGGCUGCUAGAGGCGAGGAGACGGAGCGGGCACCCGUAUGGGUUAUGCGACAAGCAGGACGAUAUCUUCCAGAAUUCCGUGCAGUGCGCGCACAGCAUGAAUUUUUUGAGAUCUGCCGUACACCAGACCUCGCAACCGAAAUUACCCUUCAACCCAUUCGUCGAUAUGCCGGUCUUCUAGAUGCCGCAAUCAUCUUUAGUGACAUCCUCGUCAUCCCGCAAGCUAUGGGAAUGGAAGUGCUCAUGAACCCGGGCCCGCACUUCCCCGAUCCUCUGAACACGCCCGCGGACGUUGUGAAGCUGCGCGAGAAUGUCGAUGUCAACAAAGAACUCGGUUACGUUUUCACUGCGAUCACACAGACCCGCAAGGCACUCGAAGGCCAUGUUCCGUUGAUCGGGUUCAGUGGUGCACCGUGGACACUCUUCGCGUACAUGAUAGAGGGAGGCGGGAGCAAGACUUUCCAGAAAGCAAAGACGUGGUUAUUCAAGUAUCCAGAAGAGUCGAAGGCGCUGCUUAUGCGUAUUGCUGAAGUUUGCGUGGACUACCUUUUUGGCCAGGUCAAGGCCGGCGCUCAGCUCCUCCAAAUUUUCGACUCGUGGGCCGGGGAGCUUUCUCCCCAUGAUUUCGCGAUAUUCUCCCUGCCCUCGCUCAAAUACAUAUCGACGUCUCUCCGCUCCCGCCUUACAGCUGCCAACGUCGCCGCCGUACCCAUCACAUUGUUCGCCAAAGGCGCGAACCUAUCCCUUGCCGAGUGUGCUACUGCUGGAUACGACGUCCUCGGCAUCGAUUGGUGCGUCGAGCCUUCGCAUGCUCGUCGUGCCGUACAGGCUACACCCAUCGCACUCCAGGGCAAUCUUGAUCCCAAUGUGUUAUAUGCGGGUCGGGCGGCAAUUGAGCGAGAGGUGAAGCGGAUGUGCAAGGAAUUCAAGGGGGAAGGCAUUAAUACUCCCAAGGCAUGGAUUGCGAACUUGGGGCAUGGGAUCACACCAGGAGUUGAUCCGGAUGAUCUCAAGUGGUUCUUCGAAUGUGUACACAAGUACUCGGCGAAGGACGCCGUGUUAUGACACUCAUAUCGAGUGCUUGAUGUUCUCUCGAAGUAUGUGUUAUCUCAAAAUGUGCAACUAGAUUUCGAAAAAUGUAAUGGCGAAAAGGUCUGAGGCUGAAGCCGAGGACAUUGCAGGGAUAGCUUAUAUUUAUACAAAAUUCGGAGCGCAGAU